AUGUUCUCCAAGCUCACCGUUGCAUUCUUGGCCGUCGCGAUGGCUCUCGUGCAGGUCAAUGCUGAGACCCAUACUGUGACCUUCAACAACAAGUGUGGCCGCGGCACUCCGUACUUGAGGGCCCAGAACGGUCAAGUCUUGUCCACUGGUGGUGCUUACACUAUUAGCGGACCGCUCAUUGGUGCCAUUGCCUACCUCCAGACCGGUGGCUGCGGUAAUAAUGGAGAGGAUUGCACGCUCAUAGAGACGACGCUCAAGAACGGAUAUAGCAGCACUGAUGUUUCUCUCAUUCCCCCCCACGAGUUUAAUGUCGCUGCUGGAUUCGGUUACUAUGACGGCUGUGACGGUAAGGGCGCCGAUUGUACUUCCGCGGAUUGUACGACUGCUUUCCAUACGUCCGACCAAACCUGGGUGCAGGUUGGGUGUGCGGUUGACAAUGAGAACCUCGUCAUCACGUUCUGCGACUAG